AUGCAAUGUUUUUAUUUGAAUACAACCUUGAAGCUGAAUAUGCAAGCCCAUACCUCUCUUCUUAAACUUUAUCUUAUGACUGCAAUUAAGUUUAUCUUAUUAAUAGUAGUCAAAGCCUAUCAUCUUAUCUCAUCUCAUCUCUUUUCUUUUUUGCUAUGCUUAUGACCAAUCAAAUUUGCCUGUUUAUUGAAAGAAGAUGUGCAAUAA